GCCUCCAGCUCUUUUAGAGAAUAAUCGGCCUGGGAACAAGACCUUUAAUUAAGACUUUCCUUACCCACUCGAUCUGGAUCACUACAAGAAGCUGUGAUAUAAAAGCUGCUAAAAUGGCAAAGGUGUUGCGUCUUGUUCCCUCUCGGCUCGUGUCCUCAGUGGGCGUGGCUAGAGGCAUGAGACCACCCUCCACCAUUAGGCUCUAUGCUAGUUCUAUGCGUAAGGAGUACGACACAUUUGGUGAGAUAGAGGUCCCUGCUGACAAGUACUAUGGUGCUCAGACUGCACGCUCCAAGAUCAACUUCCCCAUAGGAGACGAAACAGAGAGAAUGCCAUUACCAGUGAUCCAUGCCUUUGGUUAUCUGAAGAGAGCUUGUGCUGAGGUCAAUAAGGAUCAUUAUGGACUAGACCCCACCAUAGCAGACGCCAUCAUCCAGGCUGCCACAGAGGUGUACAGUGGUAAACUGGACGGGCACUUCCCCCUAGUAGUGUGGCAGACUGGGUCUGGUACACAGAGCAACAUGAACGUCAACGAGGUUAUCAGUAAUAGGGCCAUAGAGAUGCUUGGCGGAGUGAAGGGAUCCAAGACUCCAGUGCAUCCAAAUGAUCACGUCAAUAGAAGCCAGAGCUCUAACGACACCUUCCCCACAGCCAUGCACGUUGCUGUUGCCAUGGAGAUACAUCGCUGCCUUAUUCCAGGAAUUAAGGAACUUCACGCUUCACUAUCCGAGAAAAUGACUGAAUUCAAAGAUAUUGUGAAGAUUGGAAGAACACACACUCAAGAUGCUACUCCCCUGACUCUGGGUCAAGAGUUCAGUGCAUAUGUGACUCAGAUGGUGAAUGGAUUAGCACGUAUUGAAGGGACUCUCCCUCGCCUCUAUGAGCUAGCCAUCGGAGGGACUGCUGUGGGGACAGGUCUAAACACUCGUGUGGGGUUUGCUGAACGUGUAUCUGCUAAACUAGCAGAGCUAACUUCUCUGCCAUUCACAAGUGCUCCUAAUAAGUUUGAGGCCCUUGCUGCUCAUGACUCCAUGGUGGAGGUGCAUGGAGCUCUCAACGUGCUCGCCUGUAGCAUCAUGAAGAUUGCUAAUGAUAUUCGCUUCCUUGGAUCUGGCCCGAGGUGUGGUCUGGGAGAGCUGAGCCUGCCUGAGAAUGAGCCUGGGAGUAGCAUCAUGCCAGGCAAAGUCAACCCCACUCAGGCCGAAGCUAUUACCAUGGUUACAGCACAAGUCAUGGGCAAUCAGACAGCCGUCACGGUUGGCGGUAGCAACGGACACUUUGAGCUCAACGUUUUUAAACCUAUGAUGGUACGAAAUGUCCUCCAGUCAGUUCGUCUCCUUGGCGACGCUAGCCACUCCUUCUCUGUCAACUGCGUACGAGGAAUUGUUGCAAAUCGUGAAAGAAUUGAUAAACUGUUGAAUGAAUCGCUGAUGCUUGUGACUGCCCUCAACCCUCAUAUUGGAUAUGACAAGGCAGCCAAGAUUGCCAAGACUGCUCAUCGUGAAGGCACCACCUUGAUGGAGGCAGCCAUCAGUCUCGGCUACCUCACUCAGGCCCAGUUCCAAGAGUGGGUGAAACCGGGGGACAUGCUAGGACCUAAAGACUGACUGACAUUUCAGUGAUAGUUAUAAUAGGGACAAUAUCAGCUGUUGCAAUUACUGUUUUGUGCAUAAGUUAAUAUUGAUGGCAGACAACUGCUGCAACAGCUUCUUACUAUGA